AUGGCGAAGGUCUGCUUCCCUCGUCAUCUCCGCCAAACCAGCAUCUUCCACGCCCAGUCCCGGUCCCCACAUGCGGCCCAGGUCACCCCGCUACGUCCUCCGACGGUGCAUCUCUGUGACUUUCGCCAUGCCGAUAAAGACGUUCCCCGUAGAUAUCUAGCUCAUAUCCGCCGCGAUGACUCAGAGUUAGACCUCGUGCGGCUCACGCCGGUUUACUUCUCUGCCAACAGGCCUCAGAGAUGGAGUAUGGGGUUGGGUAAUGGCAAUGAUAACGGAGAGUAUAAACCGUUAGAUGAACGGAUAUUGAAGCUGGGAAAAACUCUUCGCAUCCUCUCCUCCCAUCUUCCAGGCAUCCUUGUCAAUCCUCUACCACAAGAGAUCCUUUCUCCGAAUAUAUCGCUACAUCUAUUCCCUUCGACACACCCUCACCUCCCCAUGGUAAAGGGCAGAGUACCCUAUCGCGCUGCUUUGUGGACUGCCCCAGUAGCCUGGGGAAGUGUCCCAAUAGUCGGCAACGUCCGGCUAGAUAUCAUAAGCGAACGAAUGGUGAAUUCCCCAUCCAUUGCGGAAUACGAUGAAGAGCACAAAUACGGUGAUGAGAAGCUAGUAGUUCGCUGGCGAACUGAAGGAGGCAAGACAGAUUCUCCCGGCUACUUUGGAAAAUCGAGUCCUAAAGAAUCUCCACCGUUCACCAAUGGAGAAGCUACGACGAAUAACUCUUCCACAACCAACAAAGAUAUGAGAACUAGUAGUGAAACGCAAUCAGCGCUGUCCUCCUCAUCGAAUGGAACAAAUCGUGGUCUCAGCAAGCUGUUAGGCGGAGACGCACCGAUUUUUAAACUAGGUCAAGAGGAACAGUUUAGCGGGCUGUUCAUCUUCUUGUUUGAUGACGAGGGCCGUAUCGCCAGUCAUACCAUUGAACAUGCCGAUGAAAGCAAUGGAUGGGACAGAACGGCGAGGGUUGUCACACUGACGGACUGGCUGCUUGGGAAGGCCAAAUGGCCCGGAUCCAGAGGCGAUGCUGGCGCAACACCCGCACUCGCUGUCGGUCUAGAUCUUUCGCGGGAUGACAAAAUGCUGUUCAAAAACAAAUCUUGA